AUGGCUGAUACUGUGAAUGCACUGACCUCUGCUGUCAACAGCACCCUAGCCAAGCUUACCCCCGGGGAUGAAAUCGCGGAAGCAGAUCGGUACCAGCUUCUGGAUGCCAUCGACAAGCUCCGCGUUGCCGUGGAACCACCUCUCCUCACCGUUCGCAAUCUUUGCUCUGACCACCAUGGCCUGGUUGCCAUUCGGGUCGCCAUGGCAAUGGGUAUAUUUGAUGCGUUUGCCUCGGCGAAGAACGGCGAAAUGAACGCCGAUGCCCUGGACGAGAACACCAAGGGGGGUAAAGCCCUCUUAGUGCGUAUCAUGCGGGUGGUGUGUGCGAACCACGUUUUCGAAGAGACGGGGGUGGAGAGAUACCGGGCGCUGCCGCUAGCGAUCAUGUUCGCUUCUAAUAGUCCGCCCAGUGAGGCUUCGGUCCACUCCUAUGACUAUUUUGAGGCAAGGGGAUACCGUAACCCUCAAGAUGCCUACGACACGACAUUCCAGCUUGCCUUUGAGACGAAGGAACAUUACUUUGAGUGGAUACAGCACGACCCAGAGGAGCUACAUGCCUUCAAUACAGUGAUGGAGAUUGGCAAUCGCUCCUUGGAAGGUGUGCAAUGGUAUGACUACUAUCCAUGGCAGGAGAACCUGGCCACUACUGGCGACACAAACCGUGUCCUCCUGGUAGAUAUCGGCGGUGGCAGGGGCCACGACCUUUCCGGCUUCAAGCGCAAGUAUCCCGAGAUAAGAGACCACCUGAUCGUGCAGGACCUUCCCAAGGUCAUUGAGGACAUCCUAGAGCCGCUCAUUGAAGGUGUACAACCUAUGGGUUAUAAUAUGUUUGACCCACAACCCAUUAGAGGGGCAAAGGCAUACUAUAUGCGAACGGUAUUACAUGAUUGGCCUGAUAAACAGGCCCUGGAGGUUCUUAGGCGUGUUCACGACGCCAUGGCCGCCGACUCAGUGCUACUGAUCAAUGAGAAUGUCCUGCCCGAGAUCAAAGCACCCGAAUUUUCAUCCUCAAUGGAUAGCAUCAUGAUGGAGCUCUAUGGAUCGCUGGAACGGACAGAGAGGUAG